AAAAAAGAAGAUAAAUUUCAAGAAUAUUCCAAUUCUCCCAAAACUCUUUCUUCCCCACAAAACCCUAAACAAACACAGACGAAACAAAACUCCUAAACCCUCUCUCAUGGCUGAACCUGAAACCAACAACCAUGAACAAGAACAAGAACCCACAUUCCCCGCCAAACGCAAGCUCGAUCAAGAAGAAGAAGUUACCCAUCAACUUCCCAACAAAAAUCCCAAAACAACAACCACCACCACCUUAGACCACAGCCAUUCUCAAGAUUCCGAAGUUCCUACCACCGCCAAUUCUUCUUCCGACGCCGUUCCCAACAAAGAAGACGACAACAAAAACAAUGAACCCGAAAACGAUGACGAUGAUGAUGAUGAUGACGAUGACGAGGAUUCUGAAGGUGAGCCUGUGGUGGACCGGAAGGGAAAGGGGAUUUUGCGCGAUGAUAAGGGGAAAGGGAAAUUGAUUGAAGAAGAUGAUGAAGAUGAUGAUGACAGUGAUGAUGGAAGUAGUGAUAGUGAUGAUGAUUCUGAUGGCAAUGUGUCUGGUAGCGACAGUGAUUUUUCUGAUGAUCCACUUGCGGAGGUUGAUUUGAAUAACAUUCUUCCUUCAAGGACUCGACGGCGAACUGCUCAGCCUGGAUUACACAUUUCUGGUGGCACGCCGAAUGCUGAUUAAAUUCUAUCAAGGAGUCCUGGCUCUAGACCGUGCAGAAGGUUUGAGUUUAUGAAAGGAGGAUGGAGAUGUUAACGACUAGGGUUUAAUGUUGUUUUGGCUGAAGCUACCCAACUUCUGUGUGACUUACAGUGAUUUUUGUUUUCUAUUGUGUACCAAUUCAUUUUGUUUUUGGGGAUAAACCCCCCUUUGAUGUAAAAGACUAGAAGCCUUUCAUGCUCCAAAUGUAUGUCCUAGACGAUUUAUGGAACUUUAUGGA